AUGAACUUUCCAGCGGAAUCGAACGAUCCAGAGUUAGCCAUCUUAGCGGACUUGGAAGAUGCGGAGGAGCUAGAGUUUAUGCAGGAGGUGCAAGGCAACUUGCAAGUGGAGCCAGUGGAGAGACAGGCGGAGGGCCAUGCGUGUGCGUACUGUGGUAUUGAUGCGCCAACGAGUGUUAUCAAGUGUAACUCGUGCAGCAAGUGGUUUUGCAACUCGAAGAACGGGACUGUGAACUCGCACAUCAUAAACCACUUGAUUCUGUCCCACCACCACUCGGUGUCCUUGCACCCGGAGUCUGACCUGGGCGAUACGGUGUUGGAGUGUUACAACUGUGGUUGCAAGAACGUAUUCGUGUUGGGCUUCGUCUCAGCCAAGAGCGAGGCCGUCGUGGUGUUGCUGUGCAGAAUCCCCUGUGCGCAGAGCAAGAAUCCCAACUGGGACACCGAUCAGUGGCAGCCGUUGAUAGAGGAGAAGCAGUUCUUGUCGUGGGUCGCUGAACCUGCGUCGGAUGAGGAGAUCAAACUGAAGGCGAAGCUGAUUACGCCCAGCCAGAUCAGCAAGCUGGAGAACAAAUGGAGAUCAGACAAAUACGCUACCAUGGACGACGUGCAAGACGAAUCCAAGAAGGUUCAGGACGACAUACUGGCGGGUAUAGGUGAAGAGGAGGAUAUACCGCCUCUGCUGCUGAGAUACCAGGACGCUUACGAAUAUCAGAGAUCCUACGGGCCCUUGAUCAAGCUGGAGGCCGAUUACGAUAAGCAGUUGAAGGAGUCCCAAGCAUUAGAACAUAUCAGUGUCGAAUGGUCUCUAGCUCUGAAUAAUAGGCACUUGGCAUCCUUUGCACUAUCUACAUUUGAAUCAAGUGAAUUGAAAGUCGCAGUAGGUGAUGAGAUGAUUUUGAGCUAUUCUGGUAUUCAAGGUGAAGAUUGGAAAGGAACCGGUUUUAUUGUCCGUUUACCAAACAGUUUCAAAGAUAUGUUUACUCUAGAGUUAAGGCCUAGUAAGACACCUCCACCAACUCACCUAACCACUGGAUUUACUGCCGAGUUUAUAUGGAAAGCUACAUCAUAUGACAGAAUGCAAACUGCCCUAAAAAACUUUGCAGUGGACAAAAAAUCCAUUUCAGGUUAUCUUUACUAUAAGAUUCUGGGCCAUCAAGUUGUGGAUUUACACUUUGACGUGCCUAUGCCAAAGGAGCUUUCUCUACCAGGCUACACUAAGCUAAAUGCUUCUCAAUCUAAAGCUGUAGAGCACGUCUUACAGAGACCACUGUCCCUGAUCCAAGGUCCACCAGGUACAGGUAAAACUGUUACAUCAGCCUCUAUUGUGUAUCAUCUAUCAAAAAUUCGCAAGGAUAGAAUACUGGUUUGUGCACCUUCUAACAUUGCUGUCGAUCAUCUUGCUGCAAAGCUAAGAGAUUUAGGUUUGAAAGUCGUCAGGGUUACAGCCAAGAGCAGAGAAGAUGUAGAAAGUUCUGUUUCAUCUCUAGCUCUUCAUAAUUUGGUUGCCAAAGGUGCUAAAGGUGUAUUGAAGAAACUUUUGAAAUUGAAGGAAGAAGCCGGUGAACUCUCUGCCCGUGAUACAAAGAGGUUUAUUAGCUUAGUCAAGAAGACAGAAAAGAGCAUCUUGGAACAGGCGGAUGUUGUCUGUUGCACAUGUGUUGGUGCAGGCGAUAGACGUUUAGAUAUGAAAUUCAGAACUGUUCUUAUUGAUGAGAGUACUCAAGCAUCUGAACCUGAAUGUCUGAUACCUAUUGUUAAGGGUGCUAAGCAAGUUAUCUUAGUUGGUGAUCACCAACAAUUAGGUCCAGUUAUUUUGGAAAGAAAAGCUAGUGAUGCUGGUUUAAAGCAAUCUCUUUUCGAACGUUUGAUCUCCUUGGGGCAUAUUCCAAUUAGAUUAGAGGUUCAAUAUCGUAUGAAUCCUUUUUUAAGUGAAUUCCCAAGUAACAUGUUCUAUGAGGGUAGUUUGCAGAAUGGUGUUACGGAGGAGCAAAGAACUUUGGCCAACAGUACUUUCCCAUGGCCUAUUAAUGGUAUACCAAUGAUGUUCUGGGCCAAUUAUGGUUCUGAAGAAAUGUCUGCAAACGGUACAUCAUAUUUGAAUAGAACAGAAGCCAUGAACUGUGAGAGAAUUAUAACAAGACUCUUCCGUGACGGUGUUAAGCCCGAACAAAUUGGUGUGAUUACACCAUAUGAAGGUCAGCGUGCUUAUGUCUUGCAAUACAUGCAAAUGAACGGUGCGUUGGACAAGGAGUUGUAUUCUAACGUGGAAGUUGCAUCAGUGGAUGCAUUCCAAGGUCGGGAAAAGGAUUUCAUUAUUCUUUCCUGUGUGCGUGCUAAUGAACAGCAAAUGAUUGGUUUCCUGAGAGACCCACGUCGUCUAAAUGUUGGUCUCACCCGUGCAAAAUACGGUUUGAUUAUUUUAGGUAAUCCAAGAUCUCUUUCAAGGAAUACGUUGUGGAACCACCUGUUGUUACAUUUCAGACAAAAAGGUUGUUUGGUAGAAGGUGUUCUGGAAAACUUACAAGUUUGUACUGUGCCAUUGACCAGACCUAACGUCAAGAAAAAUCGUUCAACUGAUUACAAUUACAAUUUUGGUGUGGAAAUGGGCGAUUUGCCAAACACCAACGAUAUGGAUACCCAGAGUUUGCUAUCAUUCGGUGGACAAGCUGGGAACUUCAGUAAUCUUUUCUCCAAUGACUCCGAGUUCAAUAACUACUUGAAUAACGAAUACUGGAACUAUACACGUAACGGAAAGAAUGCGAAACCGUCUGCUCAAAACUUUGAAAGCAAUACAUACUCUAAUGAAGGUCCUACACUAAACUCUAACUAUGCUCAGGAAUUGGCAAGAGAACAGGAGAGUGUGAGGAAUACAUUACAAUCUUUGGAGUUUUGA